AUGCGUUUGUACCAUGGAUUUUUUUUGGAUUUUAAGAUGACUACUCCAUUUUAUGUUCGACAAUCUCAUCUAUCUUGGGUACCUGCUACUGCAGGAAAAGAUCAACCAACAAAUGGAGUCGAAGCAGAUUCUCGUAUUUAUGUUGCUCGAGGUGAAGUAAAUGGACAUGUAAUACCAGGAAAAUUGCCUCUUAGAAUAGGUGCAGCUUUUAUACCUUGUGAUGGAAAAGAACAUGGACUUUGUAAAUUUGAAAUUUUGUGUAACACAAACGUAUUUCCAAAUCAAUCAUUAUACAAUUGGAUUCCAGCAUCUGAUGGUAGGGUCCCAGCUGGUGCUUUAUUGGCUGGUACAACCACUGAUGGUUUACCAUUAUAUGUUGCUCGUGCUUCCAUAAACAAUGAGAUGUGUGUGGGAAAAGUAAACUCUGAAUAUGAAUGUGCAAUUAUGCCUUGGGGAAAUGUUGAACAUAAAGUAAAAGAAUAUGACGUUCUUUGUUUGAUUGAAUAA